CAGCGACCUCAUGCAGAGAUACAGAUCUUCACUCUUUUGGAUAUACCUACGUAGUUUUUACCACAGUUACCAUGAAAUCAUCAAAUGAGAUAUCACAUUGAUCCAUGCAACACUUUUAGAGUCGUCCCUUGCAUCAGCGUUAUUUUUUUGUCUGCUAAAACGCAAUUAUUAAUUUUUUCACGACCGCAAUCUGUAUGUUCUUUGUACUCGAUCUCGACAGAUGAAACGACCUAAAAUUAUCCCUUUUUCCUGAUGAAAUUCUCCCACUGCCUGUACCGGGAAUGAGAAUGCAUGGAGCUGAUUAUCAAAAUGUGUAGCGUCUUUGCUGUUACACGACAAAAAAGAAGUGGCUUUAUCGCCUCCGGGAGAGACAAUGCCAAAACGAAAAGUCGACAGCGCCAGAAGUUCUUUCCUGAUGGCACCUGUGGUCGUGGUCCGGGUUAUGUUUCACAAAUUUCAUCAUGGACCUCCAACAUACUACUCAGCAUCUCCCCAGGCAGCUGCAGCGCAGAUACAUCGGCUCGCCGCACGCAGCGCCGCGGCCUGCUGAGUGCACUUCUACCGUACUACCUUGUGCUCACGGUUGGUGCGCUACUUUUGUCAUCAUUUCUUUCCCGUGGAGGAGCCACAUGUUCUGCAACGGCGGUACGAGUACAUGCAGGUGCACCAGCUGAUCGUAUUAUUAAGAUCCCAGUACGAAAAAAAUGUUUACCGGCAGAUAGGUCUACGAGAGAUACGCUCCUUCCUGAGGAGAUCGAGGAUGACGAGGGGAAAGUCUUGGUCGGGGACGAGGCCGCCCUCCUGUGCUUGCUGCGCCUUCUGUUGCACGAAACGGGACUCGAUGCGGGCUCGCUCUUCGCGAAUCCCCUGAGCGGAAGCUUCGCCUCCUGGCGCAUGGUGAGCUCUGCAUCGGCCUUGAAUCUCCUCCAGAAAUACUACACCGCCCAGGUCGACGCCGCGGCUUCGGAUCUCGCGGUUGCGCAACACGAGUGGCACUAUUUCGAAAAGAUAAACCAAAACCUCCGAGGAGUCGAAAGCAGUUCUCGUGCUAUUCUUGCCCAAGAAAUCUCCAGGAGCGCGUCGUACGCUAGUACCGAGGACCACGGCGUGGAAAGCACAAACGCCGUUACUGCCGAGGCGGAUCUCAAUCCUGGACUUGCCCUCCCUACCCCGAAGAUCACCGUCAUGGAGGGCAGUACAGCUGCAGAUGAGCCAUCUCUCGCCAAAGUAGGUGACCAGCACGUCGAGAACCGAAUUUUCUCACCCGGUAUUCGUUGCCGCAAGGACAGAUCGGCCGGAGGGGGAUCCGAUUCGCAGCCCGCCCCGAGUUGUUUGCCGUCAUCCCAUAUUCAUCUCUCAGGGAACAACCAUCGAGAAGAUCGGAGCAUGAAGAGUAGUAACAAGCGACUUCUUGUCUCUGCAACCCACGCGCCGCCCCAGUUGGCAUCUUCAGACGCAUCUUCACCUACUUCGCCGCCCACUUGCCCUGAAGACGAUAUUAGCACAGGCGUGGGCUCUGGCAUGAGCAGCAUUGGGACCUCCUCGUCUUUUGGCAGCGAUCUGAACUACAUGGACUUGACGGGAGCGACCCCAACGCACUCGCCCAUCCCCACCUAUUACAUGCCCGAAAUAAAAUAUUUCCCGAGUAUCAGCGACCCAGUCCCCGAAGGAGAAGGAGCAUCACCACGUGCUGUCGUCGUGUUUGAUUCACUGCAACUUCCGCCGCAAGAAGGCAUGCUGUGCGAUAAUCUCGACGAUGCAACUCCCAGCCCACGGACGGAAGAACGCCAGCACGACACCUGUUGCUCCUCUCGCGGUUGUUGCCUAUCGUCACAUGAUCAGGGAACGCUGAGAACAACCUGGAGCGAUUUGUUCGCUGAAGCACCAACUUUCUUGCGGCUCGGCCGUGGUGCUUUUUGCAAUCGGAGGUGCAAGAAAAGGAAAAAAGACAAAUUCAUCUUCUUGUGUGCGAGAGAUCAAAGAAUGAGCCACGAACCUUGCUCUGGUGGCCCUGCUUCCAAUGAGCAGCUGGACGACGCAGAAGCGGAGGUAACCAAAGAACCGCAACGGCUUCUGUCCGCUGUGGACCGACAAGCUUUGAGAAAAGCCCUGUGGUGCGCGAGCCCCGCUGGGGAACAGGCGCGGCGGCGUUGGCGCGACGCGGAGUCGGCGAGCCGGCGUCGCGACACACACGACUGCGUACACGCCUUUCGGGUUGCACAACUGGAAUGGGACCGCUUUGCUCUUAUUCGGGAGCGCGUCGUUCUUGCACAGAAUUCGCAUUUGAAACCAGAGCCUCAACAUGAACCCCCGCCGUAUAUGUUUCUUUCCACGGAGAGGGACCACGAGAUUUCUGAUUCUGACAGUGAGCAUUUACAACUUCGACAACAAAUACAAGACUCUCGAGUCUCAAACAAGCGAAACAAAUCACCUUCAUGCUCAACGACACGAAGAAUCCGCACCGAAGAUCUACAACUUGAUCCUGAGACCACAAACAGCGAAAAUGCGACGAGUAUCUGGCGAGACCGCGUGUUGCAGCUUUCACUGGAGCUAGAGGCGCUGCGCAACCAUAACCGCUCAGCUUGCACUCUGCAGUAGAUAUCGUACUUACUAACUACCAAAGAAUAAACUCCACGGCUUCUAUCAAGUAGGAAUCGAUAGCUACCAAAAGAAACCUAAAAAAGGCAUUAUUAUACGUGUUGCUUCUUCUCUCGGAUAUGCGUAUGCCAUCGCGCUCUAUGUCUUUUCGAAUUCACACACACUUCGGUGACUCCUUGAAGAUGAAAAGACAUGCUGAGCGCCGACGGCAGACUAUUUCAGCAGAGGCAGCGACCUGCGAAAGCGAAUUACAAUUUACCAUUCGAAUUUCUUCACCGAAUGAAGGGGGAGCUGUACUAGUACACAAAGGGUUUUGAUGUACAACUGAAGCUAAUAGAUAAGAAGGUGAAGGGCCUGGGACAGGACCGACUCUGCCUCGUCAUCGGUUCACUUUUGCAACCGGAAAAACGAAUCCACAUAGAAUACGCACGUUCCUACUCUUGUAUUAGAUUGUGCCGUCACGACGCAGCGCGACAUAUUUACUCUUUCGAUAGCCAUAUAAUAAAGUGUUUGUACGCAGAAAGCGAGGCGCCUCGUUAUAUUCUUGUAAAAUGUUUUCGUUGUAUUUCAUAGGAAGAUUUGAUUAGAAGCUAGCGCUGCAUUGUACUUUCUUUCUUUCCAUGCCUGGGCAUGGCAUCAAUUUUCCGAGGCCCGAAAAUGUCCAAUGUUCAGUUCUCACAUCAAUUCUGCAUUGUACUUAUUUCAAGAGGUCUAUGGCAGAACAUGUCGAACAUUACGCCAAUACCGCAAAAGAAACGCAUAUUGAAUUUUAAGAUAUUCCAACAAGGUUCUUGGCGUGAUCGUGAAGGACGCCCGAAAUCGAAAGAAAAACAGGAACGGUUGACGACAAUAUUAACAGUGUUCACAAGCCUUGCUCGUUCCGUAUCCGAGCGGAC